UAAAUUCUCUUUCAUGAGCGUAUUGGGGAAUACCGAAAUGGCAAGAUCCGAGCCGAUGUGAUUGACCCCUGCGAAUAUUCGGAAGCCAUUUAUUCCAAACAGGCCCUGCUAUGGUGAGGUGUGUCAGCGAUGACGGAUGUGGAGGCGACCUAUGAGGACUUCAUCACCUCUCGACGAUCUGGCCGCAGGAAUGCCAUACAUGAUAUUCCAGACGCUCCUGGAGAACCGGGCACCACUGAUCUGUCGGAGAGUCUGGCACAGCUCAACAUCAACAAGUCAGGUGAUGAGGGAGAAGAUGCUGAGAAAAGCCGGAACUCUCCAUCUAAAGAAGAGCAGACUCAAGCUGAGGGAAGCUAAGUGCCACCGGACAUUUAUGGACUCGAGCAGCCACUUCUUUUAGUCUAUCUGCUCCCUGUAUGCUAAGCCUCUGACUAGCCAGUUGCAUCUAAUGACUGUGAACAGCAAAAUCUUCUAUUGCCACUAUCCUGCCAUCAGGAAGUCAUCACUAUGGCAACCACAGCACAGUCUCUCUCUCGCUUGUAAUUGGGUGUGUUCCAUUUUCCUUAAAAACCUUCCUUCCUUUGCUGCCUUUUGUCCAAGGCUGCUGAUAUCAGAUUGGAUGUAAUUUAAGGUGAACUAAACAUGAUGUCAACAACCAAAACCAGCCCACUUUUGACUGUGAGUGGUUUUGAGUGGAAAGUGGAGGGAGGAACGGAGGCUAGUAAAAGGUUUUUAGAGCAGCCACAGAAUUAAAAUUUGUCUUCCCCUCUCCUCGUCUCCUUCAAUUAAUCACCGCUGAUGCGACUGAAACACAGACGGCAACUGGACAUCCACUCAUCUUGCCUCGACGCCUGAACACGUGCUCCCUUCAUAAGUACUCGCUAUUGACCUUUUCCUAUUUCCAUGGAUUCGGAUCCAUCUGCGUAUUGGAUUGAUGGACGUUAUCCAGCAACUGCACUCAGCAGCUCAAAGGCCCUGUUGUACUUUGUUGCAUGUAUCCAUGUUAGGUGUAAUAUCUAAAUGUUUUUUGUU